AUGCCUCCUCCACAUCUCACGGAUAUGCAACGCCAUUUCUUCUCUCUCUAUCGGAGAAUUCUAAGAGUGCAUGAAAAGAAACUACCCUUUGAGAUGAGAGUACUGGGUAAUUUGUUCGUCAAGGAGGAAUUCAAAAAGACUUUGAAGGCCAAGCCCAUGUAUUGGCCACGUUUUAUCAAUGAAUGGGAAGCUUACUACGACGAUUUGGCCAAGGAUCUCCAUGUUGGAAAGGAUUUGUCGGAGGAAGACAAGGAAGCAAUGAAUGAUGGACAAAGGGAGCAGUUGGUCAAUUUGGAGAAGGAAGCCAAACACAUCUUUGACAAGGAAAACAAAGUUUAAUCAAAUGAAUUAUUUUA